AUGACUGAUGGUGAAUCUGCCACACUCAAGGAUUGGCUCAGGGACAAAUUGAAGGCAGGAAAAAUCUGCCCCAGCAAGUCUUCCAUUAGUUCCCCCAUCAUGUUUGUCCCAAAAAAGGAUGGCUCCCACCAAUUGGUUGUAGAUUACCAACACCUUAACAACUGGACAAAAAAGAAUGUGUACCCCUUACCCUGUCCUGACAACCUCAUGGCCCAACUCUGUGGUGCCAAGGUUUUUACUAAACUAGAUCUAAGAUGGGGUUACAACAAUGUCUGGGUUAAGGAAGGAGACAAGUGGAAAACUGCCUUCUGCACUAAGUACGGUCUCUACAAAUCCCUGGUCAUGACUUUUGGUCUCACAAAUGCCCCUGCUGCAUUCCAACACUUCAUGAACAAACUGUUCAAGGACUUAUUGGAUGAUAACGCAUCCCAUACCCAGCAUGUCCAUGAGGUCCUACGGUGUUUAAUGGAAAACCAGUUGUUCUGCAAGGCAUCAAAAUGCACCUUCCACAUCACUUCUGUGGAGUACCCAGAUAUCAUUGUGUCUGACAAGGGUUUUAGCCUGGAUAAGCUCAAAAUCCAGGCCAUACAAAAGCGGCCAACCCCAACCAAGGUUAAAGAAGUACAAUCCUUCCUUUGCUUUACCAAUUUCCUUUGUUGCUUUGUUGCCAACUUCAGUCACAUGGCCCAGCCCCUGCACAAUUUAGUCAAAAAGGAUACACUGUGGAAGUGGGAUACCAAGGAACAGGAAGCCUUCCAAGGGCUGAAGGAUGCCAUCACCAAAGCACUGGUUUUAUGUCAUGCUGAUCCUGCAAAACCCUACUUCCUGGAAACAGAUGCUUCUGGUGCAGCCCUGGGCUCCUGUUGUACACCACUCUCCAUACUAAGUCAAUGGCAGGAAGAUGGGCAUCUACACCCCUUGGGAUUUCUCUCCAAGUCAUUCAAGGGAGCAGAACAAAACUACAACACACACAACAAGGAACUCCUUGCUAUCAUCCGUUCCUUUGAGUACUGGCAAACAUUUCUGGAAGGCACAUCACACCCAAUAACUGUGUUCACCAAUCACUGCAAUCUAGAAUAUUGGAAGGAGUCACGCAUGUUUAACCACUGCCAUGCACAAUGGCACCUCCUGCUUGCUGGCUAUAACUUCCAAAUUGUUUACCAACCAGGGAAACAGUUGGGAAAACCAGAUGCCCUUUCAUGCUGUUCCAAUCACACCAACAUUCCACCCGCCAACAUUCCACCUGCCAAUCAGACUAUGCUCCCAGAACCUACAUUUGCCAACAUAGCCCUUGUAUUGCCAGAAAAGGAAUUGCAAUGCCAAAUCAAGUUGUCCCUAGAUCAGGACAAAUCUUUGGAAGAAAUUCUCCAAUUUCUACAGAACAAAUCAAAAGCCCCCUCCCUCCAUUAA